AUGCAUAUCCAGUCGAUUCCUAUGUGGACGGGGAAGGGCAAUAACUAUGCGUACCUAGUGACAGAUGAGCCAACCAAGAAGUCGGUUAUUAUUGACCCGGCAAACCCCCCAGAGGUGGCACCUGAGUUGAAGUCGCAGAUUAGUGCAGGCAAGAUUGAUUUGACUGCUAUUGUCAACACCCACCACCACUGGGAUCAUGCUGGGGGCAACGAUAAGAUGUUGAGAGAGUUUGGCAAGCUUCCCGUCAUUGGAGGCUCCAAUUGCCAGUCUGUUACCACUACCCCGGCAGAUGGUGAGGUCUUCAAAAUUGGAGAGCGCAUCUCUGUCAAGGCCUUAUACACCCCUUGUCACACCCAGGAUAGCAUCUGUUAUUACAUGCAAGAUGGUGACCAACGGGCUGUGUUCACUGGUGACACCUUGUUUAUUGGCGGAUGCGGUCGUUUCUUCGAAGGAAACGCUGCGGAGAUGAACAAGGCAUUGAAUGAGACGUUGGCAGCUCUGCCCGACGAUACCAAGGUUUAUCCCGGUCACGAGUACACAAAGGCCAAUGUCAAGUUCUGCAUUGCAGUGUCCCAGUCUGAGCCUAUUAAGAAGCUUCAAGCUUUUGCUGAGGCGAACGAGCAGACCCAGGGCAAAUUUACCAUUGGUGACGAAAAGCUCCACAACGUGUUUAUGCGUGUCAAUGACCCCGAGAUCCAGAAAGUGACGGGCAAGACCGACCCGGUGGAUGUGAUGGCUGCUUUGAGAGAGAUGAAGAAUGCAAUGUAG